CGAACUUUGCGCGUGACUGUGACAUCUAUCCACAAUAUAGUGGCUAGAUAGUCGGUGCUAGAUAGAUAAGGGAGAUAUGCUUCACUUCGACAUAACUUUGCUGUGAACAAUACGAAGUGUUUUUAGUGGUCUGCACAAUGUUCAUCGAUAGAACGCUAGUUACAAUCGAAUGAGUGUUCGAUGGCAUGGACAUCUAGAUAACUUUCCUUUAAUUCAUUCAUAAUCCGUGGCUUUAUUGCUAUGUUCACGCCGCCCUCUUUUCUCAAAUGAUAACAGUAGAUUGGAAGUUUGUCAAGCGCUAAUCGACUGGGUGCGCAUCCAAAUGUUUUCUUGAGAGGAAGCAUAAAUAGAAGAAAAUUAACUAUAUGGCGCGAAACAAGUCCAGUAGGCAAUGCUCUGCUAGACAGGCAAUCUCAAUAAUCUCUGUUAGAAGUUGAGAAUAACUGCUAUUAGAUCCACGGUGUCUUAAGCGUGGCUUAUCAGUAACAAAGAAUCCGUAUAACUUCAAGGAUUUGAUUUUUCAAUUGUGAGCGGAACUUGUACUUAGUAAACUUGUCUUUUAAUAAUGUAAGCUUUAAAAAGAUGGAAGGGCAUCAAUAUAUCGAUGACUAAGCUGAAGGUGAUGGCCAGUCGUACGUUCACCUAAUCCCACGCAGUGCUAGAACUGGAUCGGAUACUCAUGAGGUUUUAUUAUCAUUACCGUCCUAAUGUAGAGAAAGAAAGAAGCAAUGGCACAGCCUACAAGGUCAACAGCGUAGUUCGGCAUCCCGUGUUGCUGGAUUUAAACUAAUAUAGCAAAUAUAGUAUUCACUCAGAAAACUUGUCGCCUGUGUCCUAAGAUGGAUUUAUCUGACGCGCCACAAGAUCGGUUGAACAUUACGUCUAGUGCGAUCUUCCUCCUGGGAAUCGCCUCGUUACUUCCAUGGAAUGUCUUCAUCACGGCCAACGAUUACUGGUUGUACAAGUUUCGUACGAUAAAUGACACAACAGGCAGCAGCGUGAACACAACUGUUUCUUCAGAGACGCUCUUGAACAAUACAUUUCCGGAACAGAACGAGAUCCAACGUUUUUUCGGGGCGUACCAGUCAAUCACCUCGAAUGUCGUUUUUAUAUUUACGCUAGGACUAAACGCACUCGUAAGCAAAAGAGUGUCCAGUAAUGCCCGGAUUGUAUAUCCUCUUAUAGCUACUAUUGCCAUGCUAACACUUAUCACAAUACUAGCCAAGGUCAACACCGAUAGCGAACAAGUUGUUUUUUUGCUGGCGACGUUAAUUAUUGUUGCUUUAGUGAAUGCGAUGGUUGGCUUUUUAAUGGGUGCUUCUAUGGGUGUGUGUGGCUAUCUUCCCUCCAGAUACAUUACAGUUUGCUCAUUGGGCCAAGCUACAGGUGGUCUUGUGACAUGCGCGCUUCAAGUUGGUGUCCUUAUUAUGGGCCUAGGACACCAGGAUACCGCACUCCUAUAUUUCAGUGCGGCUACCGCAAUAAUCACUCUUACGUUGGCUGCGUACAAAGCCAUGCAGCACACUGAUUUCUAUCAACACUACCGAUGCCUCGUCACCAGCAGUACUUCAGCCUUCGAAUCCACGAUGGCCGGCGUUCCAUACAUGGAAAUAUUCACAAAGGGGUGGCCAUUUCACGUAUCUAGCUUCUUGGUUUAUAUGGUCACAAUUUCGUUUUUUCCGGCGCUCACAGUAAAUGCUCUAUCGACGCAUUACUUACGUGGAGACAUACUUACCGAUAAGCUUUUCGUUCCAUUAGCGUGCUUCACCGUGUUUAACGUCGCUGACUGCGUCGGACGAUACAUCUUUGGCUUAUUUCAAUUAAGCUCUCGUCGUACCAAAUUGUUGCUUACUCUAUGUGUAGCCCGCGCAAUACUGAUUCCGCUAUUUUUAAUCUGUAACCUUUCACCCGCCAAUCGAGUACACACAUCUGUGCUCCUGAACAGUGAUGUUGCCUAUGUUCUUUUCAUGAUCAUCGCUGGAGCUUCUAACGGUUAUUUAUGCACCACUGCGUUCGUGCACGCACCGAAGACGGUCGCCAUUGAACAUCAGGAGGUGGCAGCUGAAAUAACAUCUUUUCUUUCAGGAUUUGGAAGUGCGGUCGGCUCUGUGUUGUCAUAUGGCGUUCUCCGGUUACUCUGAACUACAGUAGCCUAGAUUGCGGCCAUAAACAAACUGAUCUUUUAGCUCCACUUAGGUAUCAUCUAUUAACUAUACAGAUAUCUUAAAAACUUAAGACCGGUUAUCAAAGAGACAAAAAUGGCCUUUUUUUUUUUCUUUGUUUGUUGGUUUGUUCUCUAUCGUGUAUAAAAUAGCGUUAUAGUAAUUUGAACAACUUUUAAUUUAACACUUGAACCUAGAUAAAAUCAUGUAAAAAUUUCUACACGUUUACAUCUAAUGAACUAAUCGUGUAGGAAAUGGAACACAGCCGUGUCUAAAAAUCGACAAAUCAUCGAGGUACACAUAAUACGGUGGUUGUGAAUAAAUCGUUCCGUAUAGAUAUAUUUUUAUUCCAUUGCUGUUAUUAGCUUUGGCUAUACAGUAUAGCAUUGGACGCUUGUAAAUUUGCAAUACGUAAAGUACACUAUAACCAAUAAAUAAAUAACUAUCGUAUGAAGCUGGA